CGGAUUGUAUCUCUGAUGGAUCGAAUGUCUCCAUGUACCGCCUCCAGUUCCGUGUUCCUUUGCCUCACCUGCUCUCGAAGCUCUGUCACCAUCUCGCUUUCUUUUGACUUUUCCAUCGUCUAGCGCUGGAUCGUUCAGCGAGUGUGUCACGACGUCGUCCGUCUGGCCGCGGCGCUUUCAAAUUUUGUAUAAUGACGUCACUAUAGGUUCAAAGGUCAGCAAAUUUCGACCACGCCCAUAAAUGGAGGCGACUCAGCGCCAGCCAGGAAAGCUGUAUCCUGCCAUAGAGCCGUACAACAGUGGAUGGCUGCGUGUAUCCGACAUCCACGAGAUCUACUACGAAGAGAGCGGGCGGAGGGACGGCAACCCCGUGCUUUAUGUUCAUGGAGGGCCAGGAGGAGGAUGUCUUGAGAGUCACAGAACGUUCUUCGACCCGUCUGUCUACCGGAUCAUCCUGUUUGACCAGCGAGGAGCCGGGAAAUCCAGGCCUUCCGCUGAGCUCAAGGAGAACACGACGUGGGACCUGGUGUCAGACAUGGAGAGACUGCGGAGUCAUCUCGGAGUGGAACGGUGGGCGUUGUUUGGAGGGAGCUGGGGCUCCACUCUGUCGCUGGUCUACUCCCAGACUCACCCUCGCCACGUCAAGGCUCUCGUUCUCAGGGGUAUCUUCACUCUCCGCAGUUUUGUAGCUUGGUCUGUGAGCAUUGGUGACAAUUGGUGUGAUGGGACAGCUCAAACAUUCCUCUACUAAACUAGGCGACUCAAAAGCUCUCCACUAUAUAAUAUACAGACUGAGGGCGUUGUGCAUUACAUUAUCUCUCUACAGAGAAGAAGUGCUGUGGCUAUACCAGGAGGGGGCCUCACAUGUGUUCCCAGAUGAGUGGGACAAAUUCAUAGAACCCAUACCCAAGGUGGAGAGAGGAGAUCUAAUUAGUGCCUACCAUCGCAGACUCACUGGCGACGAUGAACAGGAGAAGGUGCGCUGUGCCAGGUCGUGGAGCCAAUGGGAACUGAUGACGUCGCGACUGCAGACUGACGUGCCUCUCAUCAACCAAAUCCUCGGGAACGACAGCUUUGUCCUCAAUUUUUCCAGAAUUGAGUGCCACUACUUUGUCAAUGGAGGGUGGUUUGAAGAAGAUGAUCAUAUUAUGAGUAGAAUUGACACCAUUCGCCAUAUCCCGGCCACCAUAGUCCAGGGAAGAUAUGACAUGAUCACCCCGAUGAAGACUGCCUGGGAACUACACAAGCGGUGGCCUGAGGCUGAAUUCCAUGUGAUACCAGACGCAGGACACUCCCAGUCUGAGCUGGGGACACGGACCAAAUUGAUGGAGGCGUGCGAGAAGUAUAAGAAUUUGUAGCGCAAUCAUUUCCGUAUGCGCAUGCGUAUAUGAAUAUUG